AUGUUAAUCAAAGUCCGAACCCUGACCGGCAAGGAGAUCGAGCUCGACAUCGAGCAUGACUACAAGGUCUCGCAGAUCAAGGAGAAGGUCGAGGAGAAGGAGGGCAUCCCGCCCGUCCAGCAGCGGCUGAUCUACGGAGGAAAGCAGAUGUGA